UAUAUAUAAAAUACAAUUUUUCUUCUUUUUCAUUCUUCUUAUUUUUCUCAUUCUUCAUUCUUCUCAUUCUUCUCAUACUUCUCAUUCUUCUCAAUCUUUCCAAUCUUUCCAAUCUUUUCAAUCUUCUCAAUAAUAAAGAUGGAAACCGAAUUUUCCUAUCAGUCAUUAAACUCUGUUCAAGGUCGUUGUUUAGCUACACAAAUUCCACCGGAAAUUUUUAUAAAUAUAUGUCAGGAUCUUCCACCAACAGAUCUUCUUUCGCUCGCUAGAGUUUGUAAAAAAUUUUAUUCAUACUUGUGUUCAACAAAUUCAACUACAACUCAAGAAAUAUGGAAGAAUUCACGUUUGACAUUUUUACCUUUCGUUCAAAUGCCUCCCCCUGAAGGUAUGAUGGAAUUACAAUAUGUUAAACUUGUUACCGAAAGAGGUUGUCAAUUUUGUAAAAAACCCAGAAUAAGAAAAGUUUAUUGGGCUUUUCUUGUAAGAUGUUGUAGAAAAUGUUUAGAAGAUCGAACAAUUAGAUCAAAUUCGACAUCAUUUACAAUCCCCAAAUUUGAUUCCCGAUGAUUUUCUUAGUGGAUUAACUUUUACUACAGGAUUUUAUAAAUCUGGAUGGGAUCGAAGUCCUAAACAUCGACCAGCAAAUUUAUAUUGGAUACAA